AUCUGCUUUGUGUGUGUAUUCAGUUGUGGUGUGCAGAAAGCAGGAAUCCCCAAGGAACGGUUGGAGGUUUGCACCAAGCUCAACGUAUGGAAGUACUGAGACUAUUGGUUGUGAUGAGAACUUCUUUUUGCCUGGUGAUGAAGGAACAACAUUAGUUCGCCGCUGUUCAGAGAGUGGAGAAUGGAAACCAAAUCUGCUUCCAAUGUGUGCACCCAUGGACUGCGGACCACCGGACGUAACUGCACAUCUGCAAACAACGUCUCUUACCCAGCAACUUGGUACCUUGGUCAAUGGUCAAGUUCGACACACAUGUCCAAGAGGAUUUGCAACCAGUAGAGAUGGAGAUAGAAUUCGCAGAUGUGCAAGCCGCUGUAAUCGCCAUACUAGCGGUAAUUCGGAAUGUCGCCGUACUAGUGCGGGGUGGACUGGAACACCUCCGAGCUGCUCACGAAUCCCGUGCGCGGAAACAACAGCACCUCCGUCCGGGAAGAUAAUAACUUCUGAAUUGGCAGGAGAAGUAACAAACAUCACCAAUGGUCAGCGUGCUGCUGGUGUUUAUGGAACAAAGUUGACAUUUGGCUGUAACGAUGGCUUUAAAAUGCUUGGUGCCGGUGGGAACACAUUUGAAUGUGGUCCAGCUAGUCAGUGGCUGGGAAGAAAGCCAAUCUGCGUCCCGGUAUGUCUCAAUGUUAGAUGUCCAAGACGGAGUGAGGUGUGCGUGCAAGAUCCGCAUGACGCUCACAGGCCGAAGUGCGUUUGCCUGACCUGGGACAUGUGUCCAGAUGACUAUUCACCGGUGUGUGGCACUGAUGCCUCUGAGCAUGACAAUCGAUGCCUUGCCAGGGUCGAGGAGUGCGCAAUGAACACCACCAUCGAUGUGGCCAGGGAGGGAUUCUGCGAGAGAGCUGGCAAGUGUCAUGAAGAGAAGCCUAGACCACCUCCAAACAGGAACUGCGCCGAAACACGCUAUCGAUAUUUCUAUGACAACAGCAGCCGUACCUGCCGGAGUAUGUACGUAGGCCGCUGCUAUACUGCUGGUGGUGACAACUCUUUCCAACAUCUUUCCCAAUGUAUGACUACCUGCGAAGGCGGCAAUGCGUGUGAUCAAAGUCCUGAUCCAGGCCCAUGCAAGCAGAUGACAGAACGGUUUUACUAUGACAGCUCUGAGGACACCUGCAAGUCAUUUCAAUAUGGAGGCUGUUUUGGGAAUGAGAACAAUUUUGCAAGCAAGAAGUCCUGUGAGAAUACGUGCAAAGUUGUGGUCUGCAGAAAGCAGGAAUCCCCACGGAACGGUUGGAGGUUUGCACCAAGCUCAACGUAUGGAAGUACUGAGACGAUUGGUUGUGAUGAGAACUUCUUUUUGUCUGGUGAUGAAGGAACAACAUUAGCUCGCCGCUGUUCAGAGAGUGGAGAGUGGAAACCAAAUCUGCUUCCAAUAUGUGCACCCAUGGACUGCGGACCACCGGAUGUAACUGCACAUCUGCAAACAACAUCUCUUACCCCGCAACUUGGUACCUUGGUCAAUGGUCAAGUUCGACACACAUGUCCAAGAGGAUUCGCAACCAGUGGACAUGGAGAUAGAAUUCGCAGAUGUGCAAGCCGCUGUAAUCGCCAUACUAGCGGUAAUUGGGAAUGUCGCCGUACUAGUGCGGGGUGGACUGGAACACCUCCAAGCUGCUCACGUAAGUAGCUGGAAUGCAUUCUC